AUGCCACGAAAACGCAAAGGGGCUAAUUUGAGCCGUAAUACAAGUGAAACCAGAAGCAAGAGAAAUUUAAGAUCCGAAAGAACUGAAGAAGAAAUCCAGCAAGAAAAUACUGAUGCGCGUGUGAGCAUGGCGCAAUUGCGUCAAGAACAAUCUGAAGAUUCACGAGCUGAACGCAAUGAAGUGAUAAGAUUACAACAACGACAAUCACGCCGAUUCACAGCCAAUAGACGCAGAACAAACAACCAGCAACGCCAACAGGUACACCGAGCAUUUACAUAUGAUUCAUUCCUGCGGCUAGCAUUCCAGUAUGAGCCUGAUGUGGAAUAUUAUGCCCAUACAAAAGUGGUGAUUGGUGCUAUGGACAAAGAAUUUUGUCGGCGAUUCAUGGGGGCUCUUUGA